AUUCCCAUACAAAUCAUUUUGAUAUCAACUUGUGCUAUCAAGAAUAAUUUGGAAUGAUAGCUAAAAUUACAAUCAAAAAUCUCGUGUUAAUCCAGUAUUAUCCUAACUAAUUUGCAAUUGUACCGGAUCUUGAUCAUUUAAAAAUAUUAUGACAAGAAUCUCAACAAGUUUCCAAGAACAAUGGACUUAAUUUCACAGCGCAUUCAUGCUGUGAACAAUUUUUGUGAGCACGUUGAAAAUACGAAACAAAAAGUAUGUCGAGCAGAUAAUUCAAAACAUUAUAAAUUUUAUAUAAAAAUUUUGUGUAAAAGGCCUUUGGAUUACAUGGUUAAAUAUAUGCUUCAAAAUGGAAGGCAAUGGACAAGACUUUGAUUUUGAAAUAAUUGAACCAAGUUCUAAAAGUGACCAUCUAUCAGGUUUUAAUACAGAAAAUGAUGAAGUUUGGUUUAUGCAGCUUCCGAAAAAUUUAAAACCAGCACAUUUACUACAACAAAAAUUGAAACUUCCAGGUCGCAGUAAUUUAGAACAUAAAAUAGAGGGGGUUGCAUUUGAAUUUUCAGACUCCAAAGAUAAUGUAUUUGGUAUCAAUAAAAUAAAAUUGAAGCAUAGUAUGCGGAUAUUACCUGUGCGCGGAUGUAUAGUUUUACGUAAAAGAAUGGACACUAUUAAGGAGAAAGAGUAUGAGGUUAAUAGUGUAAGUAAAGGAAGCACCAAUCCUUUAAGUAUAAAAAGAAGCCAUCCUUUACUGAGUGAACGCCCUUUGACUGAAACUAAUACAGACAGUAAAAGUUUUUUAACGCAUAUGAAGCCUAAAAGGCGAAAAAAAGCCGAUGGAAAUUGAAUGGAAAGUACGUUUUAUCUUGACGUAAGAAACAAAUCAUGAAACGAACUUCAAAGAAGUAUUUAAUAUUAGUAAAUAAAUAUACAUCAAAUAAUCUUAAACGAG